AUGCCUCAUACGCACUCCACUCAAGACCUCCGUCUUAUAGCAAGAAUUCUGGAUAGAGGGUCGCGUAUGCCUGAUGAACUAGAGGUGAAGCGACGAAUGACAAUAUUUAAUUUGACUGCAAGACAGAUUCACCUGAGCCAUACGAACGUUGAUGGGAAUCCAGAGAAUCAACCCGUUCCUCCGCCUCCUAUCAUGAGAGACAUUCCUGCUAAUUACGUGCCCACAUUUCAGAGUGUACGCGCUGGCUUGCACGGGAAUGAAAUUUCAACUACUGUCAAGGUUCCCCAUCCAGCACCCCAUGUGGAACGGCCCAAGUUGAUGCUAGAAAACACGACGGACGGUUCCGCGGACCAGUCAAUUCGAUUAUAUCGUCAAGCCAAGGUGGAAUCACUGGCCCAAUCGGCUGUAUACCCUGGAUCAGAUCGUCCACAGUUAUGCGCAACGGUGUCAACGGAAGCCACUGAAGCAGCUGUAGCUGAAACCAAGCGAUCGGAUCGAACUAUAACCGGGCCGCAAUUCAAGCCAUUCAAGUUGACACCAGUAGGUCUGACGUGCGUCCACCACCCAGUUCCAUUCGCUCCUCCAGCCAAGGUGGAAUCUCCAGCCCGACCGGUUGUACAUUCUCGAUCAGAUCGUCUGCAGUCAUGUACACCAGUGCCAGUGGAAGCCGGACCAAUUGUGUCUGGGAUCAAGCGAAAAAGACUGGGAAUGGGUCGAGGUGGGGCCGGAUAUACUAAUAAGAAAUUCAAAGUCCCUGCACCACCAUGA